AUGAGUCGUACCAGAAGAAUACACCAAGCGCUAUUAAUUGCCCUUUCAAUCCCCCGAGUUUUGUCAUUUCAGCAAGAUUCUUCAACGCUACGCCGGAGAAAUCAGUUGAGCCCACCGUUUCCAAAUGGUCCAUGCGGUGGAAGCGUGAUCACGAUCCCACCAGAAGAUACCUAUGGUGUGGAUGUAAACCUGGCGAGUAUCAACAUAGGAGGCGACCUCGUCAUGCCUCCCCGACCUGUCCAUGUGUGGCUACCACCAGGAUACGAAGGCGGAAAAGACAAACAUCCAGUGCUAUAUUGCCACGAUGGUCAAAACGCGAUACAGGACUCCUGGAGUUGGACGGGAGCAAGUUGGAGAUUGGCAGGAGCAUUGACACGCCUUGCGGAGCGAGGUCUGAUACGAGAAGCACUGCCAAUUGUUGUAUUGCUCGAAUCUGCGGAGGGAGAUAUCUUUCCGGGGGUUAGAAGAAGGCAUUUGGAAUAUGGGGAUAUAAAUAUACCUUUUGCACAAAGUCAUGCCGAUUUUGUGGCCAAGACUCUCAAACCAUUGAUCGACAACCAAUUCAGGACAAAUGCUACCGAUUCGUAUGCCAUGGGAGCAAGCCUUGGCGGCCAAGCAUCACUUCAUCUGCUUCUGCGGCACCCUACAUUAUUUCGUGGCGCAGCCUGUUUAUCACCCGCUUUCGGUCCAUUUAUUUUGAACGAAGUGAAGCAAAACAACUACCCGUGCCUGAGGACAAAGAAGAUCUACCUCGAUAUUGGUGGAGACCAUGGAGAAAAUAAAGUUCCCAUGGUCGAUUUGAUGGAUCAUCUGACGUCCAAGCAUUGGUGGAACCCUGGCUACUUUUGGCUAGACACACAGCUACAGAUGGGAGUGGAUGCCAUGAAAGAUGCUUUGAGCGAGGUCGGUGCCGAGUAUUGCUACGAAGCCAUUCCCGGUGGGAGGCACAAUGAGCGCGCUUGGGCACAGCGGAUUGAUAAGCCACUACUCCACUUGUUUGCAGGUCGGUAG